ACGGAUCGACACCCGCCGCUAGGCGCAAGCCACACACAAGGAAGUGAGGCACGGCGAUAUACCUCGUGGCCGGAGGCGCGCGCCACCGCUGGUCCACCGCCAUGCUGGUCCCCGCCCAGUCGGCACCGGCGCCGCCGUUGUGCUCUCUCCGCUCCCUAUCGUCACACUACCUCCUCCUUCCGUCCCACUUCCUCCCCCCUGGCGGCGUCCUUCCCCCGCUCCGCCGCGGCGACCUCGCCAUCCGCAUGGGCGGCGGGCCGCGCACCUUCCCCGGCGGCGUGUCCAAGUGGCAGUGGAAGCGUAUGCAGGCCAAGAAGGCGCGGCAGCUCCUCAAGGCGCGUCUGGCCCGCGAGCGCCAGCUCUACGAGAUGCGCAAGCGCGUCGAGCUCCGCGACGCCGUGGCGCACCUCGAGCGGCCCUGGGACGCGGGCUCCUCCGCCGGCGCGUCCGCCGUGGCUCCCACUCUGCUCUCCGUCGCGGCCGAGGACCAGCUCAGGGCGCUCGCGGACCGCUUCCACCGCCCCGGCGGCGUGGACCUGUGGAACGACCGCGACGGGCCCCGCGUCUUCGCGUCCCCGGCCACAGGCGCCGCCUCCGCCAGGUUCUUCCCCAGGAACGCCUUCCACAGCAUCCAGCCCUACGCGCUCGUCGGCGCCGGCGUAGAGGCGAGCGCGCAGGGUGUUCGUGAGAAUGCCGCGGAGGAUGGCGCGCACAGUAGCAUUGCGACCGAUCGCGAGCCUGCGGUUGAACUCACGGAAAGGGAUGAUGGAACAUGGGAGCCGGUGGAUGCACUCGGCGACGCCGAUGUCAGCGACGCCGGUGACUGGACCUCGGAAGACGAUGACGACGAAGCUGCUGCUACUCCUGAAUCAGAGGGCAUGGGAGAUGCCGGUUCUUGGCGUGAGCAACGAGCCAUGGUAAGGAGAAAUGGAAGGAGCAACGGUGCAGCAAGAUGGGAAUCUGCAGGUGCAAUGGCUGCCGGCAGCGGAAAUGACGCUGCAACUCCUGAAUCAGAGGGCAUGGUAGAUGCGGGUUCUUGGCGUGAGCAGCGAGCCAUGGUUAGGAGAAAUGGAAGGAGCAACGGUGCAGCAAGAUGGGGAGCUGCCGGUGCAACGGCUGCCAGCAGCGACAAUGGCAGAGGUUCGAGUGGAAGACGGACUGGCUCGAAGGCCACGGCGCGCAGCCAUGUCAGACAGAGGGGCCGAACAGGUGCUGGUUCGUUGUCUGAAUCUGAGGUGACCCGCGCGCGCUCCGAGCCGAAAUGGGGAACGAGGAACAGAGAUGACACGAGGAAUGGUGCCGGCCGGUGGAAUGCUCCUAGAAAGGAUAGGGUGAGUGAUGGUGGUGGGUUUGAUUCAGAGUCAGGCAGUGCAAGAGGGAAGGAACCGGAACCAAGACGGGGAGCCAGAAGUAAGAUGAACGGAAGCGAUAGUCUUAGAGGAAGAUCGAAACACAACUACAGUGCUAAUGCCAACGGCGGGGAGAAGCUGUUCAAGUACCUGAGCGGUGACGGUGACCCGCGCGCAAACAGCAGCAAUGGCUUUGCGGAGGGUUUGGAGGCACCAAAAUGGAAGCCGAGAAGAAUGAAUCGAGCUAGGAGCAGCAAUGGUGGCAGAGAUGAUGACAUGGGUGGGAGAUUCAGGCGAGGCGAUGAUAGAGUGGCAAGACGGCUACGGGCAAACGCGAAACCAAUCAAUACGACGAGCGGAGAUGAUGGCAGCAGCGCGGAUGGUGAACGGAGCAGGAAUGGAGGACGACUGCUCUGGGGAGACGAGUACUCGCUGCGGCCAACGUCGGAAUUGCGCGGCUCUUGGCGGGACACUGGAUCGCAUAGAUUGUAGGCUACUACCAAAGACAGACUGAUGAUUUCUUCGUGC